UCUUCAUCCUCGCGAAGCAUCACCUCGUCAACCUCUGUUCGCCAAUAGAGCAAGAACAAGGAUCAACCUUCGAUCGCACACAGUCCCUGAUCAGCAGGCCGCCAGAUUCAGCAACAGCAGGGCCAAGCCUCUAACCCAGUCGGCCCGUUCACCCAUCCCUCCUCCUCCCUCCUCCUUCCCCUGCAGACUGCAAUGCCCAAGAUCCGCACUUCGCGCUCAAAGCCCCCACCGGAGGGCUUCGAAGACAUCGAAGAGAUCUUAGAUGACUACACACGGCAGAUGCGCGACGCAGAGUCUGAGUCACACGAGGGAAAGCGCAAGGCUGAGGCUCUUUGGCCCAUCAUGCGCAUAUCUCAUACGAGGUCGCGUUACAUCUACGAUCUAUACUACAAGAGAGAGGCCAUCAGCCGAGAGCUCUACGACUGGUUGCUCAAGGAGGGAUAUGCGGAUGCGAACCUCAUCGCCAAGUGGAAACGACAGGGAUACGAGAAGCUCUGCUGCGUGCGAUGCAUCCAGUCGAGGGAUAUGAACAAUCAAGGGUCGACGUGCAUCUGCAGAGUGCCCAAGGCGCAACUCAGGCCGGGGACCGUCGUAGAGUGUGUGCAUUGUGGCUGUAGAGGAUGUGCAUCGAGUGACUGAUCGAUGACGCAGGAAGGACCAAGUAGAGAGAUCACAUGUACAGUAUUCACAAAAUCAUCAUCUAGUACCAUCUGAUGUCUUGAGCGCUACUUAUUCGCUCCCUCAAAGUAAGAGCCAUCGCUCGCGCUCGGCCUCCCUAUCG